GAACGGGGGUGGGGGUGGGCUGUGAACAAAAAAAAAAAAAAGAGAGAAAUGCUUCAAAGUAAGCACUGAUCUGUCAAAGCUGUAUUCAGGAGCCAAAGAGAAUCAUCUGCCACAAUGUGAAACUAAAAAGAUUCAGCAAAAACUAUCCGGAAAUCAUCAUGCACUUUUUUGAAACCGUGGAUUUUACCUUGAUGCUUUGAUUGCUCGUUUAAAUUGAAAUGGGACAAGUUAUUCACUGGAUGCAGUACAGCCAUUCAUUCACGUUAACUUUGCAUGGGAGUUGGGUGUGUUGAAUGAAAAGUGAUUUUUCUUCUCACGAUGGAAACUACUCCAGAUAUGUCAUCAGCUGAAGUCCCCAAUCUGGCACWGCAGGAGCUUUCUAUCAAGGACUUUAAGUGCAGUUUGUCCAUUUUUGAGAGGCACCGUGUUUUUCUAGUGGUCUAAAAUGACUUGUGUAACUUCUACUUAACUCCGGAGACUAUCAAAGAGAUAUUUCACUAUGAACAGUUCUUGUAUUCAAGAUGCCUUGAUGGUUGCACUAAUUAUUUUAUUCUAAAGAAAAAUCGAGUAAUAAGUGUGCUGAAAUCUUGCGAGUGCACACUUCAAAACUGCUGGCAGCUGUGGCACGAAAACYGCUGUUUCUAUCGAACAAUUUGCUUUCGAACAUCAUCAACUUUCAAGAAAUGAUUGCUUCCCCACAUGGAUUGUUUGGAAGAYGUAUUCAUUUCAURUUAUGUUUCUAAAGACUUGAAACCUAUUCUGUUUGGAGGAAUAAACUGUCUAAGAGUGUGACUCGACUAAAACCCUGGCCUGUGAUUUGUAAAUCUGCGAUGAACUACACUUCUAAUGCCACUAUCACUUUCCAUCUGGGACCUGGCCUGAGCUCGGGUGGUGGAGAUGGAGCCCACCAAGGUGGUGGAAGUGGUGCAGGAGGCAGUGGAGGGCCGUGGGUAACAUUCCUGCUUGGCGCUACGCUCUUGGUUAUGUGUGCCCUGGGGGUGGCAGGCAACGCUUACACACUUGUCGUGACUCGCUCAGCUGCUUUGUGCCGGAGGGGCUCCAUGUAUGUUUACAUUGUGAACUUAGCUCUGGCUGACCUGCUCUACCUCUCCACCAUCCCUUUUGUGGUCUGCACCUACUUCGCCCACAACUGGGUGUUUGGCGAGGCUGGCUGUCGCAUCUUACUGAGCCUUGAUCUCCUCACCAUGCACACCAGCGUCUUCAUUUUGGUCGCCAUGAGCAUGGAACGAUACCGGGCCGUGGCCAAGCCCUUCAUCGCUCACAGAUCCUCAACCCGCAACAGACGCCUCGCAGCUGGCUUUAUUUGGGGCUUAGCUUUCAUCCUAACUCUUCCAAUGAUGGUGAUGAUCCGGCUCAAGGACAGCAAACCUACUGUGGCUGGAUUAGUCAAAAGAAUUUGCUUCCCCACAUGGACACCUGAAGCCUUCAAGGCUUACAUUACAAUGCUUUUUUUUACAAGUCUCUUAGGUCCUGGAUUGCUAAUUGUUGGAUUGUAUGCUGGUUUGGCCAGGCACUAUUGGGCAGUCCAGGCUAGUUCAAAAGGUAGCAAUCGCUCAGUCAGGAGGAAAGGACUUAAACAAAAAGUGUUAUCAAUGAUCUUAAGCAUAGUAAUCGCUUACUGGGCUUGUUUCUUACCUUUUUGGGGGUGGCAGCUUGCUAAACUCUUCUCUCCAGACUCACUCAAAGCUUUAUCUCCAGCCACUCAUAAGUAUGUCAAUUUCUUUGUCACUUGUCUGACCUAUGGCAACAGCUGCAUCAACCCCUUUCUUUACACUCUGCUGACUCGAAACUAUAAAGAUUACUUAGCCCAGAAAAGUCAGUCUGCAGGGUCAAGCAGGGCUGAUCUCGGGUCAGUCGUGUCAACCCCGCUGCAGGAACUUUAAUGGCUGACAAGAAAACUCAUAAAAUAUUUUUGACACGUAAGCCUUUUAGAGAACAUUGUGGUUAUGCAGGCUAUGCAAUGUGAAAUUUAUGUUGGGUAAUCAUGUUAUCCAAAAAAYGAAUUAGAUUUUUAUUUAAAUAAUAAUAAUAAUACCAUCAGAAAGGAACACCUCUGUAAAAAUGACAGAACAACUUUCAAAGUAUAAAUAUCUGGAAAUUGAAGUCAGCAAAUUGUGGAACAUGAAGACUGGAGAAAUUAGUCACAGGAUUCCAGGCAACAUCAAAAUUCAUGAGAUCCAGAAGAUUACCCUGUUGAGAACAGCACACAUGAGGGUAUUAUCCCGAAAGUAACCUCAGCSCUUUAACGCCUUAGGACCAUGGGUUGGUCCUGGCUCUAAAGGAUGUAAACAGAUAAGCACAUAAAGGAAAAACGACGACAAUUGUUUCCAUAAUUUUUAUAUGCACACACRCAACUAAUCUUUCCUCUCUUUCUAGGGAAUAUGGUUGUGUUGUGCUACAUUCCACAGGACUGGUACAGAGCUCUUUUGAGUCUUGCUGUAAAUUGCCUCCACUUCAUCGAGGGUGUGUUGAAUUUUGUUCCAUUAAUCCUGUUCUGCACCUGCACUCCACUCUCUGCUCUCUCCAGAUUGUUCAUUCAAAAGUCUGAUUGAAUUGACACAAAAUUCAUGAUUUUCAAUGUAAUUCAAGAGCUCAGUUUUACAUUUUCUCUUUGUAUUUUUUUCAAAGUUACUUUUAAAAAAGCAGUUUGAUUGAUUGAAGGUUAGAUGAGGGGCAUGAUGAGCAUCAUAUCAUCGUAUGUUAGGAGUUUUAAAUAUAAACCAUUUUAUGUUUUGUUUGUUAUGAAAGGUUGAGUCAAACUAUGUGUAAAACAAAUUUAAAGCCACUCUGUUAUUUUAUUUUUUCAGAUUUUAUUGAUACACCCAGUUACUGAAAAGCAAGGCAGGGAGGUAAAAUGUGUUUUGGCUCCAUCCUAAGGAUAUUACAGCACAUUACAACCAGCACACUGAUGUAUUUGACACUGACAUGACAAACAUGAACAA